AUGAGUAAUAAUUCAAAGGAAGUUGAGUUUCCAUUGAAACAAGAGAUUCACCAAAACUCAAAUGAUCAACAAGAAAAAGAAAAGGCUUCAUCAUCAUCAUUAAACUCGUUAUCUUCGACGCAGUGGCCAAGAUUGAAAGAUCCAAGAAUUGUUAGAGUAUCAAGAGCCUUUGGUGGAAAAGAUAGACAUAGCAAAGUUUGCACAAUAAGAGGAUUAAGAGAUAGAAGAAUAAGACUUUCAGUUCCAACAGCUAUUCAACUCUAUGAUCUUCAAGAUAGGAGCAAAUUUCAACUUCGGAGUAACAAUAUUCAUUGGGACGGUUCGUCUUCAAGCCAUGAAUCGAAAGAGGUUUCGAGAGAAAUGGUUAUGGAAAAAGGGAAUUAUUGGAUGAAUAAUAGAAGUACUACUCAAGAAGAGGUAAAUGUUAACACAAAGCAAGGUAGUAACAAUGUUGAAGUUCCUAGUGCAAUUGCUUUACCUAAUAGUAACAAUUUGUUGCAAAGACCAAAUCACCCUUCAUUUCUUGGUUUGUUAAAUACAAUGCCAUUUGGUUCUAGUUACAAUUGGGGAGUUUCUUCAAAUGAUCAUGCUUUUGCAAAUCAAGAAGUUGUUAGUGCAAUUACAUCUUUGCCACCAAUGUUGUCUUUAUCAACUGGAAAUUCUUCUCAAAUGUUGUUUGGAACAUCACAAUCAUAUUUUUCUUCAAAUGUAAAUGCAAUGGAGAUGGAACAUCAUCAACAACAUCAACAUCAACAGCAUCAAAGACAAAUCAAUAAUCAUUAUCAUCAAAUGUUGAGUUCGUCGAGUUCGCAAAAUCCGUUGAAUAAUUCUCUCAACAAUCCAUCUUUCAGUUUGGCCAAAUUUCUAGAAAACUCAUCAAAUAAAGAACAAGGCUUCUCUCCAAAGUGA